CCCUCUCGUCGCUGCGCAGCAGCUGCUGCCUGGCGGCGGCGCUCCAGCGACGCCUACUCGGCCGGCGCGGCGGCGAGACCAGACAAUGUUGUCUCUGGCGGGCGCGCGCGCCACGAGAGUGCUUGCGCGACUCGCAACUCUCUACGCGGCUGGGAGCGCACCGCAGAGGCUGGCCACAGCGCCGCCGGCGAUAUUCCCGCACAUCCGGCUCUGCGCCCGCGCCCCGUCUGCACCGCGUUUUUUUUUUCGCGCGCGAUGGCGGCGGCGUCUUCUCGGCUUCGUUGUGCCGCGGUGUCGCUGCGUGUGGGUGGGUAUAUACACGAGGCAGAGGGGGGGCACGGCACGGAUGGGUGCCGAACUUGCUACGGGUGUACAUGCCUAUGUAGGCAGCCCGCCCGCCCAGCUGCACUGUGUUUUCUAGAAACGAGGGGCAUCGAGGACGGCGGCGCUGCUACGUUGCCUGUUCACCGCCAGUUCCCCCCGUCCGUUUGUCGCGCCCGCGCCGAUUCGAUGGUGGCAGGGGAGCGUCGCGGUAGGUAAUGGGUUUGCGGACGGGAUUGUGAUGAGGGCCGCAGGUCCAGCGACCUGGGAAUACACACACGCAUACAUAC